UAUAUAUAUAAUCAAAUGAGUUAUUUAUUUACUAGUUGAAAUCAACUUUUUUCAAGUAUAAUCAUCGACCGAGAGGCAGAUCUUUUCAUUGCCUUAUCGUCAUCGUCCUAAUAUAUUUGAAUUUGAUAGAUAACAAGUAGCUAUGUCCAAUGAGGAGCGUCUUCGAAAGCUAUUAUCUGAUUUAGGAAAAGCAACUUUACGUGGUGUUAGAAAGUGCCCAAAAUGUGGAACUUAUAAUGGAUCUCGUGGAUUGUGUUGUAAAAAUAAAUAUUGUGAUGCGGUAUUUAAAGAACCAGGAGAGAAACGAAAAUUAUCCACAGAAGCUUGUAAACUAAUAACUGGUUCGUCUGCGCAAGUGUUCUCCGUUCGAGUGAGAGACAAAGGUCCGGAUUAUCGAGGUUUUGUACAAUUGCCUUUAAUAAAUGCAACAAUUUCUAAUGGAAUUACAACAUUAAUUUCACAAACAACUGCUUUAUGUUUUGUGGAUGCUUGCGAGAGGAAUUUUGAUACCAGUGUUCUUAAAUGUCACGAGAAAGAUACGUCUGAUUUGUCCGUAUCAUGUCAACAUAUUCAGGCUGCAUUAAGAUGUUACGCAGAAGCUCAACCGCUGACUCUAAGAAAUUCUAUUUUGUCAUCUUUAAACGUAAAUAAUGAAAUAAAACAAGAAAUUUGGUUAUUAGCAACAGAAACUUCAGGUCCAUUGGUACAAAGAGUUUCUAAAAAUAUAAUGGCUGUAAAAUGUAAAGCUUCGCCGAAAUAUCCUUUAGGAUAUCUUCAUUUUUCUUUUUUCAUGACUAAAUUGAAAGAUAGAGUAGAACAUCGUCAUUUCUGCAGUUGUGCUGUAUUUAAGGGUAUGGCAAGAUCGAUUGAAGAUAAAUUAGAAACAAUGUAUUUGUUGCAAGCAAAGCGCUGUGUACAUUUUUAUGCGUGUAUAUGUGCCUUUGCUAGUGAUCCUAAAUUGUCAGAAGAAUUUAGUUAUUAUAUAAACUUAGAUCACCAUGAUUUCAGUAUACCAAAGCCACCAGUAUCAAUUUUACAAAAUAACGAACAAGAUAAAAUAGUUGGAAUAGAUCUAGAUACUUUAAACACAGAUGAUGCACAUCUGUUGAUUUUUCGUGAUGACACUUUAACUGUGCAAAGUUUAGAUGGAAAUAGACUUGACUUAGAUUCAAUGAACCUGGAUUCAACAAUCUUACCUGUUGAAAAUAUUGAAGUGGAAUGUGAUCGUAGUUUGUUAGAAGAUAAUAAUAUCAUUUCUCAGGUUCAUAAUUUGGAAGUUAUUGAUCAGAAUGGUGUACCAUUUAAUGGAAAUACAAUGAAAAUAUUGGAUGAACAAACUGAAAUCGAUACAAAGUACAAUGUAUUAAAUAGUCAAUAUAUUUUAAAUGAUAAUAAUAUAAAAAUAUUAAAUACUGGAACUUUAAAAGUCAUUGAUACAAAUACAGUAUUAGAUGUAAACAAUAUAAAAUUAAUAGAUACUAAUGCAGUAAUAAAUGGUAAUGAGAUUAAAAUGAUAGAAAAGAAUGGUUUAAUUCAAUAUGAUAAUGGAAGUAUGUCUAAUUCUGAAACUGGGACUACGCAAGCUACCGUUUCCAUAAAGAGAAAAAGGGAUGACAAAAACAUGAAUACAUUAAAUGCUACAAGUCUAAAUAAUUUAAGUUCCAUUGAACCCAGAAAAUCAAAGGCUAAACCAACUAUUAUAAAGAGAUAUCAAAAUUCAUACGAAGAUUUGGACGAAGCUAACACAAGCCUACCCUUUAUAAAAUGGUUAGCAUCGAUUACAGAGAGAAUAAAUCAAACAAUGCAUUUUCAGUUUGAUGGGAAACCUGACCCUUUGGUAUUUCAUGUACCACAAAUAUUUUUCGAUUGUUUACGGGAGAGAAUAUCUUGUGGUGGUAAGAAAAAACGUUUACCUAAUUCAACAACAGCCUUCGUCAGAAAAGAUGGAGUACCAUUGGGCACCUUUACUAAAUAUACAUGGCAAAUUACAAAUAUAUUACACGUGAAGAGUAUUUUUGAAACGCCUCUUAUACCUUUAGAAAUCACACGAAGUUUUAUACAAAAUGCAGAUGGAACAUAUGAAUUGUAUAAACGAAAGGAAACUGAUAUCGAUCGGUAUAAAAAAACAAAUAAUAGUGCAUUGAUCAAACCACUGGAAUUGAAAACUUAUCUGAAAGUUGGUAAUACUUCUCCUAAUCAAAUAGAGCCAACACCGUUCUUAAUAGAAUGGAUACCGGAUAUUCUACCAAUAUCGAAAAUUGGCGAAUUGAGAAUUCGAUUCGAAUUUGGACACGUUAAAAAUGAACCUAGCCAAAGAUGGAGAAAAAUAGCAUUAUCGAAAAAUUAUUGAAUAAAAAAAAGUUAAUGUCUAUAUAAGUUAAGUAUUUAUUUUAAAGUAUUGUAUCGUUAUUUCUUUAUUACUGCAAAAUUUUAAGUGUUUUAGAAAAAAAAAAAAAACAGAAGAAAAGGAAAAGAAAAAUUCAACAAUGUUUUACGUUGCAUACUUGUGUAUAUAUUUAAAUCGGCCAUUGAUUGUAUGCAAAAUGAUUUUACGUUAUAUAUUAUAAAUUAAUUUAAUUGUACUUUAACCCUUUCAGUACAUAAAUUCUAAUAACGAAUAUAUCAAAACGUAUAACUAACUUUAUAUAUUUCUAUGAUGUGUGUAGAUCAUGUAUUUUAACCAUAUCAAUAUAUUCCAAUUUAAAUUGAAUUAUAAUAUAUUUAACAAACUGAAUGUAAUUUUGAUGUAAUACUUAAAGGGUUAAAUAAUGAAAAUUUAAUAUUGUAUAUGUAUAUACAUAUAUAUGCUUUGAAAAACAAUUUAAAUACGCUAGGGAGUAUAUUCUAUAAAGUACAUGAAAACAUAUAUGAGUAUCGCUAUUUCUGUUUGAAACUCUAAUAUAGUUGGAGUUGAAAUUAUUAAAUGCAAAGACUGAUCUAAUUUACUCUGUUUUUAAAGAUGGGUACAAAGUACGUUCCUAAUGGGUAAUUAUUUGCGAAUAAAUUUUUAAGGAAUCAUUUAGAGCUCGUUUAAUGAUAAUUAGAUUAAUUGAAAUCUUGUUUGAACAAACAAAUUGUAUAUUUUAAAUUUUCCUAUUUUUUAUUUAUUUAUUAGAACGAGUACCACCGAGAUGAAUCGACGUAAAAAGAAAGAAAAAAAAAACAUUGGAAUUGUUUUUAUUAUAAAACGACGAAUGUAUCAUUCAACAUAUACGAUGUAAUAUAUUGUGUGCGUAUAUAUAUAUAUAUGUGUAUGUAUGUUGUAUGUAUGUAUGAUAUAUGUAUAUAUAUAUAUGUAUGUAUAUAUAUGUAUAUAUAUAUACAUAUAUAUAUAUGACAUAUCUUAGAUCAGAAAUGCUAAAUAAUAUAUUAUUUAAUAAAUACGUAUUCUAUAAUAUUGUA